GUCGAGCGCGGCCUUCGCAACAGGGCCGCGCGGCCUCCCGCUCCUCGUUGUCCCUGGCAACCGCGGUAAUGAGCAUUUUCGCGCAGGCGCCCUUCGGCCUCCCCUUUCGGGCCGUUGCUGUGAGUGGCGGAGGCGGCCGCGGGCUGCUUGACUGUCUCUGCCCUUCCUCCAAUGGCGGCUUCCGCCGAGCUGAGCCCCUCAGUCGAGCGCUGGAGGAGACGCUACCUAGUCGGACAGAAUAAUUCUCUGGAUGCAUCACAGGCCAAAUGCAAAAGUAGAAGGUCCCUAAUAUCUACAGAGAAAAUGGACAGCUCACUUGAUGAUACAAUUGCAUCGUUACUCAAAUGCUCCUCACAGUUAGAAUAUACUGGCAAUAGAAGAAAGCAAAAUACAAAGCAUUUUUCAGACACUUCAAAGAAUGUUAAAAGCUUAAGUCGGCAGGGUGAUGAGUUGGAUUCUCUAUAUGGCUCAAGUCAGCGUGACAUACAGCCUGAGUUCGUUGGAGAUUUUCCCAGAGACACGUAUUCAGAAUCAGUGGCAAUGAUUGCUGUGCCAAUGGGGGAGGCAUCUCUUCCGAAUUUCAGACAGGUGGACAUUACUCUGCCAUCCAGUUUGACAGUGACCACAUCUUGUGAUUACGAUAGUGGUGGUGAACCAGCAAGAGAGAGUGUGAGAAUUCUUGAAACCCAAGAACUAAAUGGGAAAAACUUGAUACCAUCUCAUUUCAAUCAAAUCUAUCGUGAAUUAUCUAUCAUACAUCAGAAGCUGCAGCAAGAAAAAUUAGCCCAGGAGGAAUAUGCUUUAAAACUUGAAAGACGUGAGCACUGUUUAGCAGAACGAGAGACCCUGCUUUGUAGACAUGAAGCUGCUUUGACCAAGAUAAGAAGCGUUGAGGAGGAAGUUCACACAAAAUUUCAAAUUAUGAAAGAGCAACAUGAAGCUGAAAUUCAGCAGUUGUCUGAAGCUUUGAAAGAAAAAGCAAAGGAAAACAAAAGGCUUAAAUCAUCAUUCGAAACUUUGAAGGAACUGAAUGAUGCGUUAAGACAACAGCUAAAUGACGUAAGUGAGCAAAACAAGAAGUUGGAAGGCCAGUCUCGAAAGGUGCAAGCUCGUUUAGAGAAUUUGCAGCGGAAGCAUGAAUUUUUAUCCAUACAAAAAUCUAAAGAAGCUUUCCACACAGCCCAGGAACGAAAGGUUAUCAAGCCAGAAAAAACAAUAACUUCAAAAAGUUACAAAAUACCAAUUAAUUCACACAUAUAUGACCUUUUAACGGUGUUAAUGGACUGGAUCUCAGAUCAGCACCUGAGCAAAUUGGUAGCAGAGGAAGAGAAAGCUUCUGAAUGUCUUCUGACAGGCGUGCUUGCUUCCAGCAGAAACUACACACAGGAGAAGUGUAUCAGGUUUUUGCCUCUAGUUGCUGAACAGUUUCAGUGGAUGCCCUUUGUGAAUCCUGACUUGCACAUGCAUGUGGUUAAAUUCAUUUACUGGGCUAUCAGGCAGUUAGAUGGAGGCACACAGUAUGCAACAAUGACAUCAACGAUGAGAAGACUGGGUGAAGACCUGUUUAAAGGUGUUGUGCCGAAGGGAUGUCAAUAUAUUUCUCCUGAACAUACUACCGAUCCCAAGCCAAAGUCCGCAGCAUUCUUUAAAAGCUCCAGUUUGCCUUUAAGACUUGUAUCAACCUUAAUUAUAAUCAAAACAGUGACACAAGCUGAUUACCUGGCUCAAGCCUUUGAUUCCCUUUGCGUGGAUCUGAAGACGGAUGAAGGAAAGGCCUUGUUUUUGGACUACCAAGCUGUGCCUGUUAUCUUGAGUCAUAUAAGAAUAUCGAGUAAAGGUGUUCUUUCCAACGCCGUUGACAGCUUGCUUCAGAUGACAACGCAAUCCAGGUUUUUGCAUCCGUUUCUGGAAGCUUGCAGUAAUGAGACCUUUUUUCGCACUUGUUCACUGUUGCUUCGAAACUCUAAGCUAGAUACACAGAUACUGGAAAAACUUAGUAUUCUGCUGCAAAAGCUCUCAAAAAUUAAGGGCAAUAAGAAGAUGUUUGAGCUGUUCACGAUUCACCUGAUGAUUCAAGAGCUACAGAGGACAACGCAUCCAGAUCAUGCUUUCUUAUGUAUUAACCUCAACUCAAUUCUCUUCAAUUUGGGACUGACAAAAAGCAACCCCAAAAGCAAUAGUCUAAAUGGGAGCCAGUAACAGUUUGCAUUUUAUUAAGACGUUUUCUGAAGCGUGUUGAUUCUAAACAAAUAAAUGAAGGGAAAAAAUGUCACAAUGGACAUAAUCUUUUAUGCCAAUAUGCUCCUCAAAAUAGGCCAAGGACAGUUUGCCAUUUUACUGAAUACUUGAUUUACCCACCCCCUUUAAAUAUUGUAAGUUUUACAGUGGCCAUGAUCCAGAGGGAUGUGCACUUUCCCCCUUUCAAUAGGUAAUCUGUGCAGCCAAAGCUGACGGUGAUCUUUGUGUGCAGCCCUAACUCUCAUGAUAUGCAGCCCCUUUUGGAAGCAGUUCCUCGUCCAUCAAUGGCCAAAUUAUUUAACCUGUGGGGGGUGUCAGAUCCUCCCAGGCCAUAAAGUUGUUCCUCCCCACUCCCACCCCGUUGAAAACGCUUGCUGCCAAAUGUGAGGGUCACCAACUCCUGACCCUCAUCCCAGCCACAUAGUGAGAAGAUAUCCCAGAGAUAUCUUUUGAUGUUGCAGAGGCUUCUAGGAUUCUUCUCAUUGAGAGAAGAUGGUUGCCAGUAGAGAGAAAGAGAGCCUUUGAGUGGUGUUGGUUAAUCAAGAAGCAUCUUUGGUCUCUGGCCUACUUUCCAGCUGCCUGACACUUCUUUCAGUAAACUGGGAUGGGGAAGUUGAUGGAAGUUGGGAGUCCCAACAUCAUCUGGAGGACCACAAGUUCCCCACCCUUAAGACAGAACUUCAUAACCACACAGAACUCAGACAUGGCUGACUUGUGCACCACCUGCUAUAGUAGAGAAUGCCCUGAUCCCAUCCUCAAAGUCACACCUGUGAGUUAUCCUCUUGUAGAAAUAUAGUUCCUUUUGUACAGGAAUUUUUAAAAUGUUGGUUUGCUAAUUUCUGUGUUGGGGGGGAUUUCAGUUACUGAAGUCAAGCUUGGCACUGAUUUGCGCUUUGACUGAUGCCUUCUAUAUGUUUGGUAACUCAGAGUUCAAAGGCAUAGUUGCCUGUCACUUUUAUACGUAUUUAUUGGCUAUUACUGUGCCUUACUGAUACAUGAUUAUUCUGGAGUGCUCUAUUUGUAUUCAGCAGCUUAAGAUUAAAAAGAAGUCCACAAAAUUAAA